AUGUGUGCAACAACUCUAUGUCUCUUCUUAUGUUGCCUGGUGCUGCAGGUGACUGACGGAAAACUGGACUAUGUCUCCCAGGGAGAAGGACUACAUCUGCAGGGGGACUUCUCGAUUGCUGGACUCUUUCCUCUCCAUGACACAAAUGGCCCGAGUGCUGGUUUACCCGCUCUGGGUCCAUGUAAUGAAGGCCGGCACAACAAGCAUGGCUUCCAUAUGAUGCUAGCCAUGCGAUUUGCUAUAGAUGAAAUCAACAACAAGUCUGGUGCACACCUUCUCCUGCCUGGAGUGUCUCUGGGAUACCAGCUGUACGACAUUUGCUCGGUUCCGGCCAGUGUGCUGGCCACACUGGACAUACUGGCCGAUCAUUACCAUGACCCGGCUCCAAACACAGAACCACUCAUUAACAACAUGACUGUGGCUGUGAUCGGGCCCGACAGCAGCAGCAAAACCUUUACUCCUGCCGCUCUACUGGGGGCCUACCUCAUUCCACAGAUCUCUUAUGAAGCAUCAAACAAAAAGUUGAGCAACAAGGUCCACUACCCAUCCUUUUUCCGCACAAUUCCCAGCGACAAGAAUCAGGUGGAGGCCAUAAUCCAGUUGCUGAUCCAUUUCAAAUGGAACUGGAUCGCUCUGUUGGGCAGCGACAACAACUAUGGCUUGGAUGGCAUGCAGAGCCUGUCCCAACAGGCCUCGGACCACGGCAUCUGCGUGGCCUACCAGGGAAUCAUCCCGGCCUACAGCAGUGAGACAGCUGGCAUGAUGAGGAGCAUGGUCGAGGGCAUACUGAGAGCCAAGGUCAACACCAUUGUGCUCUUUUCCAGUAAGUCCAAACUCAGCGGCUUCUUCCCGUUCGUUGUCCAGGGCAACGUGACAGGAAAGGUGUGGAUUGGCACAGAAGACUGGUCAACGGCCACGCUCGUAUCCGGGAUCCCUGGGAUCCAAACAGUAGGCACUGUGAUCGGCGUGUCCAUCAAGAACGCAGCCAUAAGUGGCUUUGGGGCGUUUGAGAGGAACAUCGUGGAGGCUUCGCUCCGUCACGGCAAAGCUCAGGCGGUUUCAGGGGCCAACAGCAGUGUGUGUCUGCAGAGCACUGAUGUAUUCAGCCUUGCCAGGCACAACUUCACUUUGGAGAAGUAUGACAUCACCUCCUCCUUCAAUGUAUACAAGGCGGUGUAUGCCGUGGCUUAUGCUCUGCACCAAGCUCUUCAUUGUGACUCUGGACAGUGCCAAAAAAGGAGGGUGCACCCUUGGCAGCUCCUGCCCAUGCUCAAGGACACGAGAUUUUCUCUGGAAAACACCUCUGUGUACUUUGAUGUGAACGGAGACCCUCCCACUGGAUAUGACAUAGUGACGUGGAUUUGGAGGGGGACGGAGUGGUCCCACCGAGUGGUGGGCUCCUUCAGCCCAGAUCCCCCUCAGCUCAUACUUGAUGAAGAGGCCAUUGAGUGGCACAGCACAGGGAUGACAACCAGAUCAGUGCCCACGUCCAUCUGCUCUCCGCCCUGCCCAAAAGGCCACAGGAAGUUGAUGAAAGGACAACACUCCUGCUGCUUCGACUGCCAGGCCUGUCCUGCUGCCACCUUCCUCAACCUAAGUGAAUCCAUUCAAUGCCAGCCGUGUCCACGCGAGCAGUGGGCUCCAGCGAGCAGCGAGCGGUGUCACGACCGCAGCGUUCUUCUUCUGGCCUGGGACGCCCCCCUCGCCAUGGCGCUGCUCUUCUUCCUGGCCUGCUGCCUCCUUCUGACCUCCAGCUCGGCCGCCGUCCUCCUGCUCCACCUCCGCACCCCCGUGGCCAAGUCGGCCGGUGGGCGCACCUGCCUGCUGAUGCUGGCCGCCCUGACCGCCGCCGCCUUGAGCUCUCUGUGCCAUUUCGGCCCCCCGUCUCGCGUGUCCUGCAUCCUCGAGCAGCCUCUGUUCAUGUUCAGCUUCAGCGUGUGCCUGGCCUGCAUCACCGUGCACUCCAUGCAGGUGGUCUGCAUUUUUAAACUGGCCUCCAAGCUGCCACCGGCCUACGACAAGUGGGCCAAAAAACAAGGGCCCGAGCUGGCCAUUUUUGUUGUGUCUGCCAUCGCUUUGCUCAUUUCUGUGACGCGUGUAGCCCUUGAUCCACCUGAGCCAUCCCAGGAUGUGGACUUCUACCACGACAGCAUGGUCCUGGAGUGCAGCAGCACCCUGUCAUAUGGGGCAGGCGUAGAGCUGGCAUAUGUGUCGCUCCUCAGCGUGGUCUGCUUCUCCUUCAGCUACAUGGGCAAAGACCUACCGGCCAACUACAACGAGGCCAAGUGUGUCACCUUUAGCCUCAUGGUCUACCUCGUUUCCUGGAUCAGCUUCUUCACCGUCUACCUUGUCAGCAGAGGCCCCGUCACCAUGGCCGCACACGUCUUUGCCAUACUCUUCAGCGUUCUGGCCGUCCUGGGUGGCUACUUCCUGCCCAAAAUGUACAUCAUCGUACUGAGGCCACAAAUGAACACCACUGCUCAUUUCCAGAAUUGCAUUCAGAUGUACACCAUGAGUAAACAGUGAAUGGUAAAUCUUAUUCUCUGAUACUGAUCGUGCAAACACUUUGUGACUGUACUUAAGUAGAUUUGUCCAGUAAUUUGUUUAAUUCUCAGUAUGAGCACAAUGCAAGUUAAUACAAAAAGAAAACCACAUUGUUUAGAGUUUUCAUUGUGCCAAGUUUUUAAAAAUGGCAAUGUAUAUAAUCGACAGUAAAAAUGCAUAAAAAGGCACUUUGUAUUUUCGUGUUUUGGACAAUUUACAGUCUCCAAUGAACCUGGGGGCCGCCACAUAACGAGUGACGCCACCAAACUCAAAUGAUCUGGGAAAAAAAACGAUUGUGGAAAAGAAAUACAGUUGGAGAUUCACCAUGCUCACAAGGCACUUAUACCAACUAGCUGCAACUGAAAAACAGUGACCCCUGGGCUUCUUACGAGUGACCCGAUUUACGUGUUUUUCGAGAUGUCAUUUUAUUUAUUUUUUUGCUUUAACUUGCAGCAAAUAUUUGAGAUAUGAGCACAGUUUGGUGGCAGUGAACUCAUCUCAACUCACUUCACAAUAAGCAGCAGUUUGGCAGAUAGUGAACAGUUCUUCAAAAUAGGCUGUCUAUUGCCACUCCCACUUGCAAACUAAACACCAAUAGCAUAUAUAUUACAGUGGCUUACUGAGGA